AUGAAGGUGGGCACUUUGGAAGAUGCAAAAAGAGCUGUUGAUGCAGGUGCUGAUGCUAUAAUUAUCCAAGGAAGAGAAGCUGGUGGACAUGUCAUUGGGCAGGAGGGUUUGAUCUCUUUGGUGCCAAGAGUUGUUGAACUUGUGAAGGGUCGUGAUAUACCAAUCAUUGCUGCUGGAGGAAUAGUGGAUGAGCGUGGUUAUGUUGCUGCUCUGGCCCUUGGAGCUCAAGGUGUUUCACUUGGCACCAGGUUUGUGGCCACAGAAGAAAGCUAUGCUCAUCCAAGGUACAAACAAAAGUUGAUUGAACUGGACGAAACAGAGUACACCACAAUCUAUGGGCGCGCUAGGUGGCCUGGUGCGCCUCAACGUGCCCUGAAAACGCCGUUUUUCAUGGACUGGCGAACACUUCCGGAUUACAUCGACGAGACUAUUGACCAACCUAUUAUUGGCCACACAACCAUUCACGGUCAGGAAAAAGAAGUUCGUAGAUUCGCCGGAACUGUACCAAAUGUUGCAGCCAGGGGUGAGAUUGAAAGCAUGGCAAUGUAUGCGGGUCAGGGGGUUGGUUUAAUUAAAGAAAUCUUACCGGCCGGUGAAGUCAUCAGGAGGCUUGUUGAAGGUGCAAAACUUCUGAUCAAUCAACAAUUUGCAAGUGACAUCCAUUAA